AAAACAAAUAAUCACCCACAGGUUUUUGUUUACGAUCUCAAGCUCCCAACAACACUAUUAAACACUCCACAAAUCUCUUGCGAUUCCUUAGCUUCCUUUCUGAUCUUCUCUUCGCUCUUUAGUUACAGAUCUCUUUCUCUGUUUCUCCAAACCCCAAAUCAGAAUCCAAUCCAAUCAGAUGGCAACGCAGGAAACAGCUCCUGCUUCUGGUCCCAGUGCUGAAGUUGUUGGCAAUGCCUUCGUGGAGCAAUACUAUCACAUUCUGCACGAAUCACCGGAAUUGGUACAUAGAUUUUAUCAAGAUUCAAGCUCGCUAAGCCGACCAAAUACCGAUGGUUUUAUGACAACAGUUACUACCAUGCAAGCAAUCAAUGACAAGAUCCUUUCAUUGAAUUAUAAAGAUUACACAGCUGAGAUAAAAACGGCAGAUGCUCAAGAGUCGCAUGAGAAAGGAGUGAUUGUUCUUGUAACUGGGUGCUUAACUGGAAAGGAUGACGUGAAAAAGAAAUUCACACAAACAUUCUUUCUUGCUCCUCAAGAAAAAGGGUACUUUGUAUUGAAUGAUGUAUUUAGGUUUGUUGGAGAGAACGAACCAAUGCCAAACACUUCUGCUUUGGCUAAUGGCAUCGUUGAAAGUGCUCCACCUGCCUUGACAGCAGAAUCAGGUUGGGAUGAUGUGGUAGAACCAGCAAAAUCAGGUUGGGAUGAUGUGGUAGAACCAGCAAAAUCAGGUUGGGAUGAUGUGGUAGAACCAGAUCCCACUCAGGCUACUGAUCAUCUUACGGUGGAUCCUGCUACUUCCUUUGAAGAGGAAGAUCUAAAUAAUGGUUCUGAAGUUUGUGAUCAUUCUGAUAAGGAGGAUGGUUCAGUGAUUGACAUAGAGGUGGUUGAACCUGUAACUGAUUCAACUCAGAAUGAAAUUCUUGCAACUAUUAAUGCAGCUCCUGCUUCCUUGGAGGAUGCUCCAAAGAUAUCAUAUGCUUCAAUUUUAAAAGUGAUGAAAGGUAAUACACCUCAUCCAGUCCAUUUUUCUAUGACUAAAAUGAGAGCUGCACCAAUAAGCAUUGAACAACAGUCAGCUAACUCUGCAAAGUCAGCUGCACCAGAGGCUUUGGCUUCAGCUGGUAGCAGUGCUGGUGAAACUAGCGAUGUUCAUGAAGAAGCUGAAGGUCACUCUAUAUUUGUUAAAAAUUUACCUUUUGACGCAACGGUUGAACAGCUUGAAGAGGCAUUUAAACAUUUUGGGCCAAUCAAGCAUGGUGGCAUUCAAGUCAGGAGUAGUAAGCAAGGAUUCUGUUUUGGCUUUGUUGAAUUUGAAACUAUGAGUUCCAUGCAGGGUGCUCUUGAGGCUUCACCUAUCAAUAUCGGGGAUCAUCAAGCUAUUGUUGAGGAAAAGAGAACAAACACCCGAGUUGGAAGCAGUAGUGGGAGGGGGAGGUAUUCUUCAGGAAGAAGUGGGUUUCGGAGUGACAGUUUUAAGAGCCGUGGGAACUUUUUUGGUGGCCGGGGACAUGGCAGGAAUGAAUUCAAAAACCAGGGUGAGUUUUCAGGGCGGCCUAGGGGUUCAACUGGAUAUGCUGGAGAGGAUUAUCAGCAAGGUUAUCAGAGUGGAAGCAGAAGGGGAGGGCGUCAAGGUGGGACAAAAAGCAGUUCAUUUUCUACAUGAGCACAGGGAAGGAAAGUUGACAGAUGAUUUUUUUGACAGUACAAAUGAGGGGCAUGAUGACAAUAGAUUUUGUUUUGGUUUUAUUUUUUAGUGUAUUUUUAUAUUUGCAACUGCUCGUAAGAUUAUUACUGAAUCUUUUGUUUUUUUUUUUUCAUGCCCCCCUCUCUCGGGGGGCAUUUCAUAAAAGCUUACAUGAGAUUGAAAUGGUGUGGCUGCAAUCAUCGAUUAACGUUGUGAUGAUUUCUUAGCUCCCUCGCUCCGUCCUUUUCUUUUAUUAAAAGAAACUGUUGCUCA